AUGCCUGCCGAGAGUUACUCGGACGAGCGUCUUGACAGCACUCUCCAAACGUUGGCACCGAUCUUCCGAGAGGAGUUCAAGGUUGAGAAUGACGCGGAUGUAGAGUGGCUACUCUUCACCUUCUCCCCUGGCCGCGUGAACCUGAUUGGUGAGCAUGUCGACUACAUGGAGGGAUGGACGUGCCCGGCGGCGGUCCUGGAAGGCACGCACAUCCUUGUCGGGCGCGUGAAGCACUUCGAGAAGCACCCGAAGCCGAAGCUGCGCUUCUACGCGACGUACACGAAGGAGCACUUUAAUAUGGAUCGCCUUGGUGGAGGCAAGCACAACAAGGCGUGGACAACUUUUGUGCGUGGUGCCGUGACGCUGCGCCUCAACCGCCUCGGCGUCGCCAUCAAUGACCCGUCCCUCAGCGGAGUAUGCAUGGUAGUGCACGGUACCCUUGCCAUGGGAGCUGGCAUGAGUGCGUCAGCUGCCUUCGGCGUCGCACUGAUUCACGCUAUUAACUCUGUCGUCACGAAGAACUACCAAGGCUGCCCCACCUCGAACGGCCGCCGCUAUUCUAUUUUGCCGACCAUGCCCAAGCAAGAGCUGGUGGAGCUGGCCAAGGAGGCGCGCCUCAUCGAGACGGAAUACUGCGGUGUAAACGUCGGCAUCAUGGAUCAGUUCAUUUCUGCCCUAGCCGAGGCGGACAAGUUCAUGUUCCUGGAUUGCAAAGACCUCACCUUCGAGACGAUCGACAUGACGCCUCUGCUGGGCGACGGGGAGUACUCAUGGAUGCUGAUUGACUCGAUGGUCAAGCAUGACCUACUCGGUGGCACCGCGCAGAUGUACAACGCAGUCCGCAACGAUCUCGAGAACUCGCAGAAGAAGAUUGGCGAGCACCGCUACCGCGGCAAGCCGUACUCUUUCUCCAUGAUGGUGCGCAACCCCGAUCAGUACGGCUUCGAUGGUGACGUCGAGAAGUUCAUGUCGGAGUUUAAGCCCCUCAUGACGCCCGGAGAGUUCGAGCGCGGCACUUACCAAAUCAUGGAGCAGCUGCGCACGUUGGAGUUUCGAAAGGUGAAUGACGCAACGUUAUCGCUGUCACGUGAGGAGCGCGUCAAAAAAGCCGGCGCCAUUUUGAACGCCGGGCACGCAGGGAUGCGAGACUUACUGAAGGUCACCACUCCCGAGCUUGACUACCUCCAGGAGCUCAUCAACGAGGACAAGGACGUCGCGGGUGGUCGUAUGAUGGGUGGUGGCUUUGGGGGCUGCAUUAUUCUGCUUCUCCGCAGUGGUACUGAGGACAGAGUCUUGGCACACGUUCGAGAAAAGUUCAAGGCUCGUUUCAAUGUCGAGAACACCUGCUACAGGAUGAAGCGCGCCGGCAGCGGCGGCUUCGUCGUUUCCCUAGAGGGAAAAAAUCAGAACGCCGCUGGUAGCAAACUCUGA